AUGUACUAUCACUUUGCUAUCUUGCUACUUUUCCGGCCUCUGAUCAAGCUGAAAAUCAUCGGCUCGAAGGUCUUGCCCCGAGACGUGUGUUCGCAGGCGGCAGACGCUAUCCAGAAUCUACUGCGAUCAUACUCCCAAUUAUAUACCCUUAGGCGGACGCCCUCAUUUGUCCCUUACUUCGUCUUGACAUCGGCCAUUAUGCACAUGGCAAUUGCUGCAUCGCCGCCAUCCGCGCCCUCGUCCGCUCAUGGGGCAAGCGGACCGCAGCCUGGUUCCCAAGGUCCCAGCAGCCCUGAUAGUAGUGGUUUGGGCGCUGCAGCACCUUCUUCCAGAUCAGACCCACGCGUCCUACAAUCCAUCAGGCAGGGCAUCUCCGACUUGACCGAGAUGGCGCCCUGCCAUCACUUCGCGCAGCAAGCACUCAAUAUUCUCUGCUACCUGGCCAAGAAAUGGAACCUCGAUGUGGACAUGGGCCGCGAGAAAACGGAGGCGACAGAAGACAUGGAUCGGCUCCUCCUCCGACCGCACACUAGCAGCCUCAACUUUUUCGUGCCCAACGUGCAGCUUGAAGAUUUUAUGUGUGGCUGGGGGCGGUGGGAGCACCCUCGGUGA